CACUGGACCAAUGAAGACUCGGGCAGAGGCACUUCCGUCUGGAGGACGGCGUUUGGGCGGGCCUUCCGGCGUGGAUCGCCGGCGACAUUUUGUAAACUCGGAUCUGUUCACUGGUGGUGAGGUUGAGGACGCUGGUCCAGCCCGAGAUCAGGGAAACAGGAAGCUGCUGUGCCCGCUGCUCUGAGGCGGCUCUGAGGCGGGUCUGAGGCUCGGCGUGGGCGCCAUCCAGCCUGACUCUAUCGCGGGGCCGGGACGGGGGCCGCCGCGCCCGGGACCCACCUUCGCACACAGACUCCCUUCGCGGCGGCCGCGCUGAUGGGUCCGAUUCAGGUUCCACAUUCAGCAGAACCACUUAUGGACACUGCACUGGGCUCUGUGACCUUUGAGGACGUGGCUGUGUACUUUUCCCAGGAGGAAUGGAGGCUUCUUGAUGAGGCCCAGAGAUUCCUGUACCGCGAUGUCAUGCUGGAGACCUUUGCACUUGUUGCAUCAUUGGGUUGUUGGCAUGGAGCAGAGAUCAAGGAGUCACCUUCUGAGCAGAAUGUUUUUGUAGAAGUGCCACGAAUAAAUACUUCAAAGACAAACCUGUCCACCCAGGAGGCCUAUCCCUGGGAGAGGUGUAGCCCGGACUUAGAAGGUGGUUUGCAUCCAGCUGAGGACCUCGGAACAAACCCUAGCCAGAAACUAUGUGGGUCAGGUGUGAAAUUUCACCAGCACAGUGGAAAGAAACUCUUUAGAAGAGACGUGGGUAAGGCCUUUAUGAACAGCCACACAGUCCAUGCGUCCAAGAAGUCUUCCACAUGCCAGGAGGCUGGGAAGAAUUUCCUUGGUAGCUCUAGCCUUCUCCAGCACCAGGUCACUCCACAAAAGGACGCCGAAUGUGUGGAAGCCUUUCACAAUGAACAGAGGCACUAUAAGUGCAGUGAAUGUGGUAAAGCCUUCUGCCGCAAGUACAGGCUUGCUCAGCACCAGAGAGUCCACACUGGAGAGAGGCCUUAUGAAUGCAGUGAAUGUGGGAAAACCUUCAGCUAUAAACACAUACUUAUUCAGCACCAGAGAGUCCACACUGGAGAAAGGCCUUAUGAGUGCAGGGAAUGUGGGAAGGCUUUUAGCAACAAACCCACACUUGUUCGGCACCAGCGAAUUCACACUGGAGAAAGGCCUUAUGAGUGUAGUGAAUGUGGGAAGUUCUUUAGCCAAAGCUCCAGCCUCAGUGAACAUCAGAGAAUUCACACUGGAUCACGGCCUUAUAAAUGCAAUGAAUGUGGAAAAUUCUUUACGUCCAACUCCAACCUAAUUAAACACCGGCGAGUUCACACAGGCACAAGGCCUUAUGAGUGCAGUGAAUGUGGGAAAUUCUUUAACCAAAGUCCCAGCCUCAUUAAACAUCAGAGAAUCCACACUGGUGAAAGGCCAUAUGAAUGCAGUGAAUGUGGGAAACUUUUUAGCCAAAGCUCUACUCUCAUUAAGCACCAGAGAGUUCACACUGGAGCAAGGCCUUAUAAAUGCAUUGAAUGUGGGAAACUUUUUAGCCAAAGCUUUGGCCUCACUCAACACCAGAGAAUUCACACUGGAGAAAGACCAUAUGAGUGCACUGAAUGUGGAGAAUUCUUUAGCCAAAGCACCCAACUUACUCAACACCGAAAAGAUCACACUACAGAGAGGCCUCUUGAAUGUAGCAAAUGUGGAAAAGUCUUUAGUCAAAGGUCUGCUCUGACUCAGCACCAGAAACUUCACAGCCCAGACAGACCCUUUGAGUGCAGCGAAUGUAGGAAAGCUUUCAGCCGAAGGUCUAACCUCAUUCGUCACCAGAAAGUUCAUACUGGAGAAAGGCCUUCAAAUGAGAUGAGAGCAGCGAAUGAGCCGUCUCCUUAGUUAAUACAUCAUACUGAAUAGACUCUGUGAGGGAGUCAUCAACUGGAAGUUGAAUGCCAUACAUCUGAACAGCCCUAGUGUGUAGACUGCCUGUGAGUACCAGGUUCAUAUGAAGCUUUUAAGGAGCUACACUCUACUUUCUAACCUGUGCAGGGCCCUUGCCAGACUAACGUCAGUGUGAGUUUCUGUGGUAAAAAUCAUCUUACCUUUACCAAGUGGCGGUCGCCCCAGUGUGAUCAGGGUAGGUAGACCUCUGUGCUCUCGCAUCCUGUGGAGGGAAGCAUGAGUUGCCUGAGCACUUGGGUGUUGUCAUUCUCUUGUGUCUAACUGACUAGGCCAUGGACUUAACCAGCUUUGACCAAGGUGACCCAGUCUGGGUUCUGCUGGUGGCUUACAGAGGUUUACCUUUUUCAGUGGCAUUAUUUCAUGUCAUACUCAGGAUGGAUUUUUCUAGCUCUAUGUCACCUGUUUGGGAACUUUGUAUACCUCAGUGGGGAUAGUAUCAUGGCAGAAAAUAGUUUUCAUUGCAGUUUGUGUCUAAUUUGCAUUGUUGUCCAAGGCCUCCUGCAGGGCUUUGUGGGAAUAAUGUUGUGACCUGGAUAUCAGAAUUUUUGGUGGGUCCUGACGUCCCCCUGAGAUGAGGACAGUUGUGAGAACCACCACUGUUUUUUGGAGCAGCAUGAGUUGUUCUCUUUUUCACAUAGGAUGUCACAUCAUACCCCCAGUACUGUUCAAGAGAAGAAGUUCUCUAAGUCCAGCUGGAAAAGAGCCAUGAGCCAUAAUGUCCACAACGUGGUAGGCUGGUGUUGCUGAGCGUUAGAUUAGAGACAUCAGGUGGGAACCAUAUGUGGUACAGAAACACUCAGGGAAUUAAUAGGGAGUGAGAGACAAGCAAACAAGUAGGGAUGAGCCUUUUCUAAAGCUGCAUCCAGUAAAGCAACUGUACUCCGAUAAAAAGAAAAAUUGCUGUAAUUUGGGAUCUUUAGGAAAAUUAAAAAGUUGCAUCCACAAACGUACAGGGAUUAUGGCCAUUUAGGAUAAAGUUUUUGCAGAAAUCCUUAGGAGGUAGAGAGCUGUUUCUCUUCUCCUGAGGUCCAAGUCAGUGUCAGACUGAAUACUGUAAAGGUUUUAGGAUCCCAUAGCAUCUCCAAAUUGUUUAUCUCAAGGCCGUUGCUGCACAGUGGAAAAAAAAAUGAAAGUGGGGAAAUCAUGUAGUCCUGGCAUGUUUAUUUAUGACUCAGGAAGAGGUCCUGGAUAACUCAAGUAGAAACACCUUUCAUUGCUAUAAAGACGGGUGUCUUUAUUGCUACUGUGACAGAGUCCCUCCCAUGAGACAAGAAGAGGUGAUGGAGUUAACGUGUUGGUUUCCAGAGUUCUACUUUUCCAAAAAGGAGAUUCAGAUUUUUAUGUGAAGCCAAUUUUUAUUAAAACUUAAUCGAGCUAUAUAGUUGGUAUGCACUGAACUGAAUAUAUUUAAAAUGUACAGCUUGGUAAGUUUUAGUAUGUGUAAAAUCACAGAACCAUCAUUAUAAUAACAAAUAUCCAUCAGUUCCAUAUCUACCUUCUGACAUCUCUUCAUGGGCUCCCAGGCAACUACUGUUGACUUUCUUUCACAUUCGAUUAGUUAAUGUUUCCUAGAGUUUUAAUAUCAUUGGAAUCUUAAUGUGUUUACUUUUGUAUUUGCCUUUUUCUUUCAUGGUGCAUAAUUAUCUUGAGAAUCAUCCAAGUUGCUGAUGUGAAUAGUUCUGUUUUUUUUUUUUCUUUUUGCCAUGCUGCAAGGCUUGUGGGAUCUUAGUUCCCCGACCGGGGACUGAACCCAGGCCCUGAGCGGUGAAAGCACUGAGUCCUAACCACUGGACCACUAGGGAAUUCCCUAAUAGUUUAUUAAUUCCUGAAAAAUACACUGUUUGGAUAUACCACCCUUUGACUGUUUAUCCAUUCAUCUGUUAAAGGAUGGGGUUUUGUGGUUUGUUUCUGGUUUGGCUAUCACAGAUAAGCUUAUUAUGAACAUGUACAUAAAAUCCUUUAUAUGAAUAUAUGGUUUCAUAUUCUAAAGUGAAUGACUGUACCCUUUUGCAUUCCCAUCAACGGUAUGGGAGCAUUCAAGUUCCCCUAUAUUCUUCACCUGUACUUGGCUGUUAUAUUAAAUGUAUUAAAUAUUAACCUGUUUUAAAAGUGUGUAGAGUUAUCUUGCUGUGGUCUGAUGGCAUUUCCCUAAUGGUUCAUCAUGCUGAACGUUUUUAAUGUGUUCAUUUGCCAGCUCUGUAUCUCAAAUGUUCACAGUAGUUAUUUUCCAACUGGUAGUGAAUGUUGGCUGAUAUUUCCCUUUUUAUAAUAACUAAGAAGACAAUAAAAGAAAUGUGUUAGAACUUGA